AUGGCGCUACCAAGAUGGCCGCCGAGCCACAACCCAAACAGAGCAACUCGGGCCUACCAGCACAAAACCGGAGAGAGGUCUGUAAACCCAAACCACAAACCACAAACCAAACCAGCAUCGCCCAUCAAAAAGGCGUACAAAGCUGCCGCCCUGACUACCCGGCAUCCUUCUGGGCUGGGAGCCCAUCAGGGGCUUACCCCAUGCCGUCCAUACACCCGUGGGGACACCCAGGAUAGGGAGAACCCGCGGGCCCCUGAGCCAACCACCGUGUCUGGAAGGCUCCAUGGACACAAGGUGAGGGCUCUCGCUAAGGCCCGGAGCCAGAGACUGGGGAAAUCGAGCCGCAGCCGGAACACCCGAACGGUACGGCGAGCCCACUACCACACGCGCAUACAGACCCCAGUCAGGAGAAGCAAUACUGACCUGUGGACAUUGCCUCUGAGCACCACUUAUGACCUGUGGACACUACCUUUGAGCACCACCUAUGCUUCACUUGCAGGCACCAAGAACAUACCGACUAUGGGAGUCGGCUGA